GCUUCAUGAUACCUUCAGUAAACCACUUGACUUUUAGGCGGAGAGCUUUCUUCCUUUCUCCUCACUUUGCAUACAUAGACGGCAAAGUAAUAUAAGUCAGGAUGUAGAAGGCGUCAGGAGACGUCCACAAACCGUGCCCCCCCUUCCUCCUCCUCCCCGGACAGCUUGUGGUCUCCGCUCUAGGCUGAGCUCUCUCUCUCCAUCAGCCGCCUGAUGCGCUCCGUUCCUCCGUGCAGGAGGCUGAAGACGCACCGAGUGGAGGUGCUGCGAGCCGCCUCUUUCCUGCUGGAUGGACCGCUUCUCCUCCCCGUCUAUGGUCUUCAGUCCCAGCUAGGUUUUGAAUACCUUUCAGUUUUUCCAGAUGUCAGCUGAUUUUGAGCGGCGUAGAGCCUGAAGGUGAGCAGCACUUCUUCUGCAGACUGCUUCAUCAUGGCCACAGGAGUCGCAGCGUGGCUCCCGUUCGCCCGGGCAGCCGCUAUUGGCUGGAUGCCCGUGGCCAGCUGCCCCAUGCCCGUGGCGCCUAGAGAUAACCGUCGCAGACAAGACGAGCUCAUUAUCCUUAACGUCAGCGGCCGUCGCUUUCAAACCUGGAGGACCACUCUGGACCGUUACCCCGACACCCUGCUCGGAAGCUCUGAGAAGGACUUCUUCUACAAUGAGGAAACCAAGGAGUACUUCUUCGAUCGGGACCCCGAUGCCUUCAGGAGCAUACUAAACUUCUACAGGACAGGGAAGCUUCACUACCCUCGCCAUGAGUGUAUCUCGGCCUACGACGAGGAGCUGACCUUCUUCGGCAUCAUCCCCGAGAUUAUUGGGGACUGCUGCUAUGAAGAGUACAAGGACAGGAAGCGGGAGAACCUGGAGAGGCUGCAGGAUGAUCAGGAGGAAAACAAAGACCUCAAGCUUCCCAACAUGAACUUCAGGGAGACCAUGUGGAGGGCCUUUGAAAACCCUCACACCUCCACCAUGGCCCUGGUCUUCUACUAUGUCACCGGGUUCUUCAUCGCCAUCUCGGUUAUCACCAAUGUGGUGGAGACAGUGCCGUGCGGCUCCACCGCCACCCAGAAAGACAUGCCGUGCGGCGAGCGCUACACAGUGGCUUUCUUCUGCAUGGACACCGCUUGUGUCAUGAUCUUCACGGUGGAGUACCUACUGCGCCUGUUUGCCGCACCUAGCCGCUACCGCUUCAUGCGCUCUGUGAUGAGCAUCAUCGACGUAGUGGCCAUCUUGCCGUACUACAUCGGCCUUGUGAUGACCAACAACGAAGACGUGAGCGGCGCCUUUGUCACGCUGCGAGUGUUCCGCGUGUUCCGCAUCUUUAAGUUCUCGCGACACUCACAGGGUCUGCGUAUCCUGGGUUAUACCCUCAAGAGCUGCGCUUCAGAGCUGGGCUUCCUCCUCUUCUCGCUCACCAUGGCCAUCAUCAUCUUUGCUACCGUUAUGUUCUACGCCGAAAAGGGAUCCAGCUCCAGCAAGUUCACCAGCAUCCCAGCUUCCUUCUGGUACACUAUUGUUACCAUGACAACGCUGGGAUAUGGAGACAUGGUGCCAAAGACCAUCGCCGGGAAGAUCUUCGGGUCCAUUUGUUCGCUGAGUGGCGUGCUGGUGAUCGCGCUGCCGGUGCCCGUCAUCGUGUCCAACUUCAGCCGCAUCUACCACCAGAACCAGAGGGCAGAUAAACGCCGUGCCCAGAAGAAAGCCAGACUGGCCAGGAUACGCUUGGCCAAGUCGGGGAGCGCCAACGCCUUCCUACUGAGGAAACGCAACGGACUGCUUAACGAGCUGCUGGAGCUAACAGGCGCAGAGGCUGACGAGCAGAAGCUGGUGAAGCCAUCGUCUCUUCUGGAGAGUCAACACCACCAUCUGCUGCAUUGUCUGGAGAAAACCACUGCUCAUGAAUUUAUAGACGAGCAGCUGUAUGAACAAACCUGUUUAGAAACCAUGCUGCAGAGCUUCCCCGCCCGCAGACCGUCUGGAAGCAGCGGCGAGGUCGUUACAACCACCUGCUGUGGACGCAGGACCAAGAGGAACGCUCCACUGGCCAACGCUGCCCUGCACCCAGGACCCAAUCAGCAGAGCCCCUUGCAGGAGCUGAGCGCCAUCCACAUACAGUGUGGGGAUCGAACGCCGCACGCUGCCAGCCGUUCAAACCUCAACAUGAAGGCCGCGGAUGACGUGGGCAGGGUCAACUCCAAAGGCGGCCGCAUCACUACGGCCAUCGUCAGCCUUCCCACGCCCCCUUCUUUGACGCACGAUGGCGACAACCGCAGGGGGCCACCUAGCCGUAGGCCGCACCCUUCCUCGGGUCAGCCUGGGGGGGCCAGCAUCCAAACCACAACCAGCUCGGCCAACAUCGUCAAAGUGUCCGCCCUGUGAUGUCCAUCUCACUGAUGAUGAUGAUGAUGAUGAUGAUGGAGACAUUUGUAUAUAUGUCUUGGACUAAAAGUGACAUUUGUGAAGAUGGUGCAAUUAGCAUAUCAGUCCAGAAGGGGGCAGUGCGUUUUGACAAUGUCACUUCCAGUUAAUGUGAAAUAUUUUUUUUUGUCUUAAAGUGUUGUGUGUUGCUUGUGUGUCAUGUUGUUGAAAACUUCAAAAAUUAUUUUCUUUAAAGCAUCAAACACAAAUUCUACCUAGCAACAACUAAGAGGCGCGAUAAAGGGGACCUAUUAUGCUCAUUUUUCGGCACUUUGUAUUGAGUUAUGGACUCCUAUAGAGCAGCUACACAUGAUAACCCGCACAGAAAGCUUUCUAGAGCUUCCAGAAUCUGCACCUAUUCUAGCUGUAUUUCCUUGGAUUUCAAAAACUGUUUUAAUUCAUUCCACGCACAGCCCACCUCCGAGCACGCUCACUCAGCUGUGAUUGUCACACUGCCAAGCGUUCCCGAAGACUUCCGGACUACUGCCGAAACUCACUUUCUAUUUUUGUCAACAGGAGUUGAUAAUAAAUGAAGAGGUACUUGAAAAGUACUGCGCUACUGGUUGGAGACCCCUGACUUACUGUGUAUGAACUCAAGCAGUAGUAACAUAGGUCUGCAUUUACAGAGUGCGGACAAAGUGUGUGCGACAUUAAUGUAUCUUUUCCCGGUGAGAACGUGCUGCCAUUGACAAAUGAAAAUAUUUUUCUAUUGCUGGGAAUAACCAACCCCAACCACUUUUGCCUGAGCUUGCCUCACAGGCCUUACAGCACAUGCCCAUAUAAGGAAGCCUGGCUCCCUGUGACGUCACAAACGUCUUGCACAAACCUCAAUAUCUGAGACUUUGGCAUCGAGAAUCCAACAUUCUAACUACAUUUAUAAGUCAGAAAAGUGGAAAACGCAUAACAGGUCCCCUUUAAGUGUUUUCAGUCCCUUUAUGUCCCCAUUUGCACUACUUCAAAACACAUUCAUUGCACACUGCUCAUGCAGGGCAUGCAUGUGUGGAACUUGUGAAUAUAAAUGAAUGAAUUAAAUAAGUACACAAUAGCUGUGCAAUUAUUCGGCUGGUUUGUUUGUGUAACAUUAAAAGUGAUGCUUUUCUAUUUUUAUACACAAGUAUUCCAAAUGCUUGGACCUACAUGAAAGAUGCACACAUGAAUGUAAUAAUCAGUUGAGCAGCAUUUUAUAAAUGUAUUUAAAAAAAAACAAUGUAAUGUGUUUCCAUGAUGACCAAUUGUCCAUCUUCCUGUAAAGAAACUUUUUUUUCUGCUAAAACAAAACAGAUCUUAAUCUGAAUCAACAUCUGCUCUGUUGUUAUUUAUUUUUUUUAAGUGUUUGUGUUAUGGAAGCAUCCAAGUGUCAAAUGAGAAUUAAAAUCUGCCUAUCAAUUCUGGAAU